GGCGCGGCUGAGUCAUUUCGGCGGCGAUGAUGUAGCAUCUGUGGUGGGCGGUGGCGUAGUUGUCGUCUUUCAGUAUUUGAGGAGUCUCCCAGCACUCACUCUUUUUUCUUCCCGCCUUAUCUCCACUACAUGAUGGAGGAGAUAGACCGGUUCCAGGUGCCCGCUCCGCGCGUCGAGAUGCAACCGCUGGAUCCAACAGCUGGAUCUAUUUCGGACAGAGAUUGUGAUACAAGAGAGGGAGAGACUGUAGCCAUGAACUAUAAGCCGUCCCCACUUCAAGUGAAAUUAGAGAAACAGAGGCAGCUGGCUCGGAAGGGCUCCCUGAAGAAUGGCAACAUGGGAACCCCAGUUAAUCAACAGCCCAAGAAGAACAACGUGAUGGCACGAACAAGACUCGUCGUUCCCAAUAAGGGCUAUUCAUCAUUAGAUCAGAGUCCAGAUGAAAAGCCACUGGUAGCCCUGGAUACGGACAGUGAUGAUGACUUUGACAUGUCCAGAUAUUCCUCCUCGGGAUACUCAUCAGCUGAGCAGAUCAACCAAGACUUGAACAUCCAGCUGCUAAAGGAUGGGUACCGGUUAGAUGAGAUCCCAGAUGACGAGGACCUCGACCUAAUCCCCCCUAAAUCGGUCAACCCUACCUGCAUGUGUUGCCAAACCACCUCCUCCACCACCUGUCACAUCCAGUAAUGAGGCCGGCAGGCUGUGAUCAGUGCUUUCCACUAUAACUGUAAAACUUAACAGCCAUUGCUUCCUCCUAUGGUAGGAUGUGCACCUCUGUGUUCAUGGAGCCAGGAGAAACCAAAAAAUUCAUUUUAUGAUUGGUUAAUAAGUUACUUUAAACUAUGGUUAAACAAAAGAGAAGUUGCUCAAAGUGCCAGGCAGUGCCUGGCAGAACUAACUGGUCUAGAGAGCAAAUGCAGGAGAUACCUCCUUGGUUUGUGUAGGCACUGGAGAUGUUUUGUAACAUCUGUUCCAGAAUGGGAAGGGUCAGGUGGGGCUACAGUUACUCCUGCCCACCAAAACCAAUUCCUCUACAAGAUCAGGGGUGAGUCUGAGGUGUCAGGGGGUUUUACCUGUGGGAGGUCAGUUCUUAAUUCAUUCACUAAACUUGAUUCAUUUGUGUAACCAAAAUUAUACCAUAACCGGGGCACAGGAAUGGGAACGGAGCAGGGCAUCCUUUCUUAUGGCAAGGCUAGCCAGGACUAGCAUGACACAAUUAAUUCACUUGCGAAGAGGACAAAUAGGUGGCAUUUCACUGUGAGUCAGUACUAGCUAGAGCUGUUGUGUCACAUAUCCAAUGCAAUCUAUCCUUAGCUCCACAUUAAAUUAUCACCAAACACAUCAGUUUCGAUCUGCAAUCCAUCCAUGCUCUUCAGGGAUUCAGUCCUUGCCUGAGAAUACCAGACUUCUGAGUUCAGUCCAGUCAUGUAUACUGACUUCAGCCUAUAUUUCAUUCCUGUGAGACCCAUCUGCUUCCAAAAAUCCUAAAGUUUGUUCAACUAAGAAAAAAUGAGUCCUGCGCAAGACAGGAUUAGAGCUGUGCAGUGUGAAGGUCAGUGCCAGAAAGGCUAGUUGAAGAAAGCAUAUUUUUACAGAGCUUGGCUGUUGAUAUUCUCUUGACACUAUGUCUCUUGGUCCCUGUGGGAGAGAUUCGUUAAUGCUGAAGGCACCUCUGUGGUGGUGUCAGACUUUAGGGGGGUUUUGAGCAACAGCAGGAUUAUGAACAGCUUCAGCUGAAAAAAAAAAAAAAACAUGAGAGGAAACUACUGUUUAUCCCAUCUCUGCCCACUUGUGAACCAGGCUUGGUCUGUGUUAGAGAUGUCCCACGUCAAGAGCAAUUGUGGUUAUUUGGUGCUGGAACAGUUGGGAAACCUGGUGUUACAUUAGGUGGCUGGACUGAAUUGCCAGUUCACCAGCAGAUUGUUUUGAAUGCAAAAUUAUUUCUGGAAUUAGGAAACAUGUCCUCUCCCUGGCCGGUCUUAUACUGCUGGCUUCAGCAUAUGCAGGACUCAGGUGACAGAUGGACUGACAUUUUUCUUGGAGAUGAAAUCUUUUGCCACAGCCACAACUGUGUGUUUUCCUGCUCUGCCAGGACAAAGGACCACCUGCCUUGCAUCAGUGCUUGCUUUAGAGCCUGGGGAAAGGAGAAAGCGAGGGCAAUUCUGAGCUUCCCAUCAGAAUUCCCCUCAGUCGCAAGACAGAGCCUGAGCUUCACCCCGAAGGACAGACCCCCUGUCUGAAAUCUUCACGUAGUGAGCUGAGUCUUUAAGAAGUCCUCUUCAUGAUUAGAAGGACACUUAUUUAACAUUGUGGGUUUUCACUCUGUGCAGCGCAAGGCAUGGUGUCAUCCACAGCAUGAGCAAAAGAGCAGGCACACAGGACUCCUGGGCUUUAUUAUGCACUAGCUGGCUGUGGGCAACUGUUAAAUCUGUGUUUGCCCCCCCCCCAAAACAGGGCACUGCCACCCUGGCUCCAGGCCACAGAAAGAGGACUGAACAGUGCUGUUUACUGAGCAUCCCUGCCUCAUGCAGAAGUGCUGGUUAACUUAACCCCUCUCGGAAGAGAGUGUUUCUCAAUUUAAUUCCUCUCCCCUUUUCAUUGCCUGGUAAUGUUGAGAGGGAAUAUUUCCAAAAUAUUUCUAAAGAAGCACAAAGCAUCAGGUCCCCAAGUCUUUGCUUCUUCCUUUGUGUGCCUGCUUUCCUCUCUAGUGCUAGCUCAGGUAUGAGGUUAGCAACUUGUCGGGGGGGGGAGAGCUCUAACAACACUGUGUAGGGAGAAAAGAUAAAAGGGAAAAAGCAUUCCUCUUUUUUAAAAUGGAGAACGUAGUCAAAACCUAACAGAAACUCCAUGGUCAAACCAAAUUCUAUAGGAUGUGGCCAAGUCUCUUUAAAUGUUUGCUCUUCUAAAUCAGGACUUUGCAGUUCAGCUUUGGUACCAUGCAACAUCUUCAUCACAUUUAUCCUCGUGGGUCAGUCUCUGUGCCUUCCAGCUGGGCUGCACACACAGCCUUUCCCACAGCCCUUGCUCAGGAGCUUGGAGCAUUUCAUUGUGCCUGCUAGAGCAUCGAGGCAUCUGUUUACAUGGGUCAGCCUUGGGAGACUGCAGGUCUCGCAGGUCUCUCAUGAUGUUAUCAUGUUCAGUCAAAGAAUGAAGCUUACUGAGACGAUCUCCCAGGGCUAACACCUGCCCUCUGAAGGACAGACCUUCCCUGAUAACCACUGCCCUGUGGCACCACAACCAAGUCCUUUUAUUGCCCCUAUUGCUGGUUUUUGCCUGCCAUGUGUCCUGAGGCAUUCCCCAACCCUGCAGUCCUUUGCAUUGUGUGAUGUGCACCUGCUUCCAGCACAACACUUUAGGGUCCCUGGGAGGGAGGAAGAUGAAUUUAAAUGUUAACUACAUCCAGUGCUUCCUCCAAAUACAGACAGAAGCACAAGCCAAGUGUUUUUCACUGCACACAGGAGUUGGUUGCACAAAUAGCUAUUUUGGUGUGACAGUACAGGACCAUAAAAUGGCAAUUUUUUGGCUUCUCCUCUCUAUGCUUUGUGUUCAUAUAUUUUAUUAGGGGAAUAAAGUAGAAAGGGUGGGAAAAGUAGUUACCUGUAUUGGGUCAUUAUCAGGCAGGCUGAAUGGAUUAAGGCAAUGCACAUGUGGCUAUCAUAGAAAACUGAACACUAACCCUUCUGAACUGCAGUCCCUUAAGCAGGUUAUGACCAUGGGGCCUGUUUGUUGGCUUGUUAUGGAAUAUGAUGGAUGGCCUGGUGGUAUGUAUUAACCACAGAUUGGGCUGGCUCUCCCUAUCUGGUCUCAUGUUCAGACCUUUGCUUCAGCCAGAAGGUUUUCCUUGUGCCUUUGUUGGAGGUUAUGCUGUGGUGACUUCCCAGGAAGGUGUAUAGAUACAUGGCCGUUCUGGAACUGCUGUCCUUAAACCAGUCUCUGCUGCCAUGGCCUGGAGAAGGCAAAAGCAAAGAGCACAGAUCCUGACUCUCUGUUACAGCAUUAUAAAGCCCUAAAAUCUGCAGAGCUGCUGGGCACUCUCCUAACUGUAGAUUGCUUGCAAUAAAGCAAAUCAUUCCUUGUUCCAGUCUUUGCACCAAACCAGACAAUCUUCUCAGGACCCAUUUUCAGUCCAAAGUCAUACAGAAUACCAAGGGGAGGAGCGCCAUGGAGUAUGAAAGGCUGCACUGCUGUCCAUCUAAAUUACUAUACAAAUAGGAUAGCUUCCUUCUAUUGAUGCUGGUGCCUCCACAAAGGAAUUUGCAUUUGAUGCCUCCUAAAGCCAGACUGGCUUUUUGUUAGGAUUUUAUGUAAUUUUAGUCACCAAAUUACCUGAGUAUAAGUAAAUCCUUUCCUUUUAUCAGAUGUUAAUUUUGCCCUUUAAUAUGAGCUGACUUUGGACUCCAGGGUCUCAGCACUCAACUCUAUCUCUGCAGUCAGUCUGCAAACUCCCUAUUUCCAGAUGUCGGGGGGGGGAAUAUCCUCCUAGUGUUGAGGAAGGUCUCUAGAUAGGAUGAUCUAGUUAGGAUGGUCUACUCUGCUUUUCUGGUGGUUGUAUAAUAACCUUUGGCUGAAAGAAGGCUGAUGUCCAGGUGACCAUCCCAAAGGCUCAUUUGAUGUCUUAUCAGACAUAUCUUGAAUCCAGCCCUUGGAAGAGCCACUGGAUCAUAUCUGACAUUGCUGCAUGUCUAUCCCCAACAUGUACACUUGGCUAUUGGGUUUACUAUUCUGGCUGUCUUGCCUGCAGAUGCCUUGUGACUGCAAAGGCAGGCAGCCAAGUCUGCUGCAUGGACUUUGAAAGGGAGUUCAGGAUGCUGUGCUCCCCCCACACACAGAAUCACAGAAUCACAGAAUCACAGGUUGGAAGGGACCUCAGGGAUCAUCUAGUCCAACCUUUCUGGGAAGAGCACAGUCUAGACAAGAUGGCCCAGCACCCUGUCCAGACAACUCUUGAAGGUGUCCAACGUGGCCGAGUCAACCACUUCCCUGGGGAGAUUAUUCCAAUGGUUGGCUGUCCUCAGUGUGAAAAAUUUCCCUCUGGUGUCCAAUUGGAAUCUCCCCAAGAGCAAUUUGUGUCCAUUCCCCCUUGUCCUCUCCAUGUGAUUCCUUGUAAAAAGGGAGUCUCCAUCUUCUUUGUAGCUACCCCUUAAGUACUGGUACACGGUGAUGAGAUCCCCUCUGAGCCUCCUUUUCUCAAGGCUGAACAAACCCAGUUCUCCCAGCCUAUCCUCAUAUGGCAGGCUUCCCAGUCCUCUGAUCAUCUUGGUGGCCCUUCUCUGGACCCCUUCCAGCCUGUCCACAUCCUUUUUGUACAGCGGGGACCAGAACUGUACACAGUACUCCAGGUGUGGCCUGACAAGCGCUGAGUAGAGUGGGAUAAUGAUUUCUUUCUCUCUGCUGGCGAUGCCCUUUUUGAUGCAACCCAGCAUCCUGUUGGCCUUCUUGGCCGCAGCAGCACACUGUUCGCUCAUGUUGAGCUUUCUGUCCACCAGGACCCCCAGGUCCCUUUCCACAGAGCUGCUCUCCAGCCAGGUGGAUCCCAGUCUGUACUGCACUCCCAGGUUAUGUUUUCCCAGGUGCAUGACCUUACACUUGUCCUUGUUGAACUUCAUAAGGUUCUUGCUGGCCCACUCCUCCAGCCUAUCCAGAUCUCCCUGCAGCGCAGCUCUCCCUUCUGGAGUGUCUACUUCCCCACUCAACUUGGUGUCAUCAGCAAACUUCAUCAGGCUACACUUGAUGCCGGUAUCCAGAUCACUUAUGAAGAUGUUGAAUAACAUUGGGCCCAAUAUCGAUCCCUGGGGGACCCCACUAGUGACAGGUUGCCAGUUUGAGAGAGAGCUAUUUACCACCACCCUUUGGGUGCGGCCUGUCAGCCAGUUCCCCACCCACUGCACAGACCACUUGUCUAGGCCAUAACACAUCAAUUUCUCCAGGAGGAGACUGUGGGGGACCGUAUCAAAGGCCUUGGAGAAGUCCAGGUAAACAAUGUCCACCACCCGCCCCAUGUCAACCAGGCAAGUCACUUUGUCAUAGAAGGCCACCAGGUUUGUCAAGCACGAUCUGCCUUUAGUGAAGCCAUGUUGGCUUUUCCCAAUCACGUGCUUCAACUGACUUGCGAUGGCCCCCAGGAGGAUUCGUUCCAUAACUUUCCCAGGGAUUGAAGUAAGGCUGAUGGGCCUAUAGUUACCCGGAUCCUCCCUCGAGCCCUUCUUGUAGAUAGGGGUAACAUUUGCCUUCCUCCAGUCCUCUGGGACAUCCCCCGUUCUCCAUGACUUCUCAAAGGUUAUGGAGAGCGGCCUUGCGAUGAUGUCAGCAAGCUCUCUCAACACCCUCGGGUGGAUGGCGUCAGGGCCCAUUGAUUUGUGGGGGUCAAGCUCCUGUAGUAGUUCAUAUACUAACUCUCCCUUCACCGAUGGUGGGUCGGCGUUUGGUUCAAUUGGCAAUUUCGUUCCCAAAGCCUGGGACCCUACAGUGCUAGUAAAGACCGAGGUGAAGAAGGUGUUGAGGACCUCUGCCUUUUCUACAUCAUUGGUGAUUGAUUCUCCUUUUCCGUUUAACAGUGGGCCUGUGUUUUCCUUCUUUUUCUGCUUGUGGUUGACAUGUCUGAAGAACCCUUUCUUGUUAUUUUUUAUGCCUACAGCCAGUUUCAAUUCAAAUUGGGCUUUUGCUUUUCUGACUGCGUCUCUGCACUCUCUGGCUAUGCCCUUGUAGUUCUCGGCGGAAAAUCCUCCACUUCUCCAUUUCUGGUGUGCUUCCCUUUUGGAUUUGAGUAGACCCAGGAGGUCAUGGUGGAGCCGUGGGGGCCUCUUGCUCCGCUUACUUCCUUUUCCUUUGUAGGGGAUAAACUGGCUUUGUGCUUCCAAUAGAGAGUUCUUGAAGAAUUCCCAGCUCUCACUAGCUCCUUUGUAUUCCAUGGAAGCCUCCCAUCAAAUCCCUCCCAAUUGAGCCCUGAGUGCACUGAAGUUUGCUCUUCUAAAAUCCAGAAUCCUUGUCUUAGAGCUGACCUUCAGCACACUCAGCAGGAUCCUGAAGUCCACAAUAUUGUGGUCACUGCAGCCAAGGCUAUCACUAACCGAGAUAUUACAAAGCAGGCUUUCUCAGUUUGUGAAUAGCAAGUCCAGCAGCGCCUCCUUCCUGGUUGGCACAUCUAACAUUUGUAUCAGGAAACAGUCCUCUAUACAUUCCAGGAACUUGGUGGAUGACAUGCAAGCUGCCGUAUUGUUCUUCCAGCAGAUGUCUGGGUAGUUGAAGUCACCCAUCAGGACCAGGUUCUGUUGGCCAGAAGCUUGCUUUAGUGCCCCAAAUAUCGCUUCAUCAGCUUCGUCACCAUGGUUAGGAGGUCGAUAGCAGAUGCCCACUGUGAGGUCCUGCUUGGAGAUGAUCCCUUUGACUUUAACCCAGAGGCAUUCGAUAGAGCAGUCGCAAUCACCAUAGUUGACUUUGAUACAUUCAAGGUGUUCCUUGAUGUAGAGUGCAACUCCUCCACCUCUUCUACCUUGCCCGUCUUUACGAAAGAGCUUGUAACCAUCCAUUGCGAUCCCCCAGUCAUUUGCGGUGUCCCACCAUGUUUCAGUUACUCCUAUGAUGUCAUACCCUUCUGAGUGGGCACGGAGCUCCAGUUCCUCCUGUUUGUUACCUAGACUGCGUGCAUUUGUGUACAUACACUUGAAGUGUUUACUCUUUUGUUUCACCUCUUGGGAGACAGCUAAGGAACCUUUGUCACCACACUGCUUGGCCUGACUUACUCCCCCAUUGGAUGUGCUGGUGUGAGCGUUUUCUCCAUGGAUCCCACCCCCCAAGUCCUUCAGUUUAAAGCCCGCCUCACCAAAUUAGCCAGCCUACUGCUGAAGAUUCCCCUACCCCUUUUAGACAGAUGGAUUCCAUCCCUCCCCAGCAUGUUGUUGUCAUUGAAGAACACCCCAUUGUUGUAAAAGCCAAACCCUUCACGAUGGCACCAACCACGUAGCCAGGAGUUGAUAUACAUUAUGCGCCUGUUUCUGGCUGCUCCCUUCCCUCAAACUGGCAAAAUGGAAGAGAAGAUCACUUGGGUGCCAAUGUUUUUCACUUGCUCCCCCGGUGCUCGAAAAUCUUCCUUGAUUUUACCCAGGUUGCGGCUCUCAGUGUCGUUCAUGCCUACAUGAAAUAGUAAUAGCGGAUAGUAGUCUGUUUUCCUGAUGAGUUGUGGCACCCUCUCAGCAACGUCUCGGACCUUGGCUCCUGGAAGGCAGCAUACCUCUUGUGACUCCCUGUCAGGUCGGCAGAUGGGUGCCUCAGUACCCUUCAACAGAGAGUCACCCACCACGAGCACUCGUUGUUUCUUUUUACAAUAUCCACUGCGUGUUGCUGGUACAGUUUCCCCUUGCAGGGGACUUUGCAGACUUUGCUCAUGGGUAUCCUCAGUCGUUAAGGCUUCAUAUCUGUUUCUAAUUGUGAUGGUGGAGGGUGCAGGCUGAUGUGGAAUCCUGCUCUUGUGAGUCACCAGGGUCCACGGUGCCUCAUUCUUGGCGGUGUCUGCCACAGGAACAUGAUUCUGAAGCCACGUGUCUAUCUCUGCCUCAGCUCCUCUAAUACUACGCAGCCUCUUAACCAUUUCCUGCAGUUCAGCCACCUGACGUAACAGGUCGUCAACCUGUGCACGCCUCGUGCAGGUACUUACCUUUUCAUCAGGAGGGGUGUUUGGGCAUUUGCCUCAACCCACUGCCUGUACUGAUGUGUCCUUUCUUACCAGACCCGUCUGGGUGGAUGAGUCUGACAUCUCAGGGGCUUUCGCUGAACGAACAGUGGUUUUAGCUCUGAGGCGAGUGCUCACCAUUUUGCCCAAGGCUGAAGCACUUGCCUGAGCUGUAGACCUACAAGCGGGCUGUGGCGUCCCUCCUGCUCACCCUGCCUGCGCAAACUG